AUGUGUAGACAAAUAACAUUUUAUAUCACUUUGAUAGUAGAAAUGUGCCUCUUAUACGGAGGCAGUUUAGAUAGUAAGCAUUUGGACGAAGAGUUAUCUGUAAUCGACGUUUUCGACCUGACAACUCCGACGACUUGGAAGGAUCUGAUGGAUUACUACGGCGCGAUUGAAAAACACUGGAGAAUAUGUGUCAAUUGUGGUAUACCAACGUUAGGUACAGCAAUACAUUUGGAACACGCAGGAUCUACGGGGUCCAUGCAGCCAGCAGUUAUACCUACUGAAUAUCUACUAACAAGAUUGGAGGUGAUUGACAUGACGAGUCUUGUGAAGAACCACCAAAGCGCAGUCGUUACCUUGGACAUUGCUCUACAAUGGACAGCGUUAAAAUACGACCCUCGUGAGCCGACCCUCAUACUUUUUAAAUUCGGUUGGAAACGAACCAUAGCCUACAAGCGGCGAUGCGUUUGCAAAAUUCCUGGUCUGAGUUACGAACUGGCCGAAUGGAUAGCAGCAAACUUGAGUCACGUAGUCGGCGUUGCGACGGACGCUCCAUCACUGGAAUCAGAGCAAACGAGAGAAUUCACGACAAGGACCGUCGCCAACGUGCUAGGAAAAAGCGGUAUCUAUAUGAUUGAGAAUGUCAAUUUAAGAAGAAAGAUACCAGAACGAGGCUGCAUGACCAUAGCGAUGCCGCUCAAGAUGCUCAGUGCCAACUACGUUCCCACUCGCCUCACUGCAUUUUGUCCCUCACAAAAAACGGAACAGCAUGUUGCUAUAGCUCUUAAAAAAGCGAGCUACACAACGCAGAUCGUCGAAAGUAGGGUAUACGACGUUAAUUUGGAAGAAAUUUUAAAUUAA